GCAGUAUUGCAGUACUACUAGGCUACCGUACUUCCUCUUUACUUGGUAGUAUUUCCAUUUACUGCAGAAGAUUUGGUUCAUUGGAGGCUUACUUUUAGCAUUAACACUGGAAAACGAAAUUGAAAGCACAGCUGGUGGAGACAUUUCUACUCACACCAGCAUGCCUCCAAAGAGAGAGGCAUCAGAAUCAGUAGGCACUCAGCCAAACGUCAAAGAGAUGAGGAUAAGCACAGAAGCAGAAGAGGAUUCUGGUGAAAAUGCAGAAGAGAAAUACAGAAUAUCCAAUGAUACCAUUUAUCCAGCGUUUGAGAAUGAACCAAUUGGUUUUGAGGACAACGAGCCAAGCCAGGGAAUGAGAACAGAUACCAUAAGCCUUUUAAUGAAAAUUGACCAGCUUCAGGCAGAACUCAAAUAUGAACGCAGGUGUAGGAUCAUGGCAGAAAGGGAAUUGAGACAGCUUAAAGAGAUGAAUGACCUGAUGAGCCAGAUGAGACACACAGCACAUGACCUACGAUCUGUCUUGGACCAAGCCAGACAGGGAACUGAUGGGACUUCCCAGAGCAGUGAAGGAGAAUUCUUCCCCUGUGUGAUUGGCCAGUCUGAACCAGUGGCAGAGGAUGAUGAAAACCUCCUGCAUCUCUCUGGAGGCCUGAGAAUCCAAAGAAACCUGUAUGAGCGUGUUGCGGAGAUCACAGACUUUAGGAAGUACAUUUCAGCUCUGCUGAUGGUGCUGUUUGACAGAGACACCCUGGCCACCCACACUUUGCAGGGCAGGCGGACCAACAUCGCUAGAGAAGACUCUCAAAAGCCUCCCCUCCCACCAGACAUCUUAAGGGGCAUCAUGGAGCAUGUUAGAAUCAAGUUUGGAGUGGACUACAGUGUGAUACGAACUGCCAUUAGAACCAAACUGAACAAUGAAGACAAGCUGUUUAAGAAGAGAUUGGGUUUCCGUUAAACCAACAUGUGAUCCAGGGGCGUCGUUAGACCCUUUUACUGGGGCACGUGCCCCAGUAUAAAUCUGCUGUGCCCCAGUAAGGGUUUUAACAAUUUACUUUAUUAGUCAGUACAUUCAUUUAGAUUGAUAAUCUCGGAAAAAAUAAACGCAGUAUCCCAAUCAACGCUUAUAAAAUCAAAGAAGUUUAACCGAAAACACCAACUGAUGCCCGCAGAAUUCCAUGUCAGCACGCACUGAGCUUGCCAAAUAGCCACUGUGGCACGCACACAGAAGUCCAGGUGUCGGACUCGGCACGCAAGUCAGAAUUGAGGUAGGCUAAGAAAACAUUACAAAACUACAGAACGUUUCUAAAUGAUAGGCCUACCGAUCAUCAUAUCUUGACUAAAACAUAUAAAUAAUGUGAAGCUACAAAACAGUAUUUGCGCCCAAAUUAAUGCGAAUGAAAUGUGCGUGCUCGCAUUAACUAUUGAUGUCCCUGCCAAAGUUGAUAUCAAACUUGCGUCCCUGAACUGUUGUGUGUGGUUUAAGCAAGCAGAGUUUCUAUAGCCUAUAGUGCAUUGUGCGCAGCAAUCUUGAAAGAAAAAAUAUGGAUAUGAAUAGGGGCCUGUGCCCCAGUAGAGUUUUAUGUCUAACAACGCCUCUGAUGUGAUGCUGUUAUAAUGUAACAUGCCCAGGUGAUACCUGUACAUGUACUGUAUGUGUAUUACAGUAUUAGUGUAUACAUGUGUACUGUUCUUAGUUUCAGGGGACCAUUUGGUGUCAGGUAUUAAUUUGCACCUAAUGUCACAUGACUCAUUUUAGAGUUAACAACUAGCCUUCACAAUGUCUUACAAUGUAACGCUGCAGGUCCAAAAUUGUUAUUUGUUCUGAUGAUGAUUGUUAUGUACAUUAAAGCUAGCACAGAUUCACUUCA